AUGUUCUCAUUCAAUCCUGGCUUUAGAGAAACAGUGGUAUGGUCUGAAAGACAAACCGGUCGUGGUGGUAUUAACGCGCCGUCAGUACAUCUUUCCGCUGUGAAAGACCGUCUCCGCGACAUGAGCGUAAAGAGGAAGACUUCACGACGCUGCUUAGCUGGACUAUUUACGGAGGCUCGUCAGGAACUUAUUGCCCAGAAGCGUGAUGUUCAACUGGAGCGAAUGCUUUUGCCAGAUGCACCACCGCGCACGCGACCAAAAAAAGGGAUAUCUCCAGAACGUGAGUCAUGCAUCAUGGUUGUUCCACCAGUCCGGCUAAGUGUCGAUUACAGCCCCAUAAAGCGAGUUGAGGCUGAGGCCUCGACGUCCGGAGUGGCAUGUUCUUCCGAACUCAACUUCUCAGAACCAACCGAGUUUGAAUGUUCAAUGUCAGACAUUGGUGCAGAAGUUGUCCUGCCUGCAUCAUCCUCGCCAUAUAUUUCGAGGCCAUCAGAUAUUGGUGUUAUCGACGAAAACAUUAAUGGUACCAUCGAGAAGUGGUUAGAUGAAGUUUGUAGCAGUGAUGACGACUUGGACAUUGACGACGCCAAUGUUUCCCUUGCGAUUGUUCAAGAACGCGAUGCCGCGCAAGAACCCGCAUGUGACAGUGACUUGACAGUAUUUCAAGAGAAAGUGUUACAGAGGGAGGAUGUUGCUAAUGAUAGAGCUUUACGCAAUAUUCUGUCCGAAGAACUUUGCACUUUCUCUUGGACACAAGAGAUAGCUAUUGACGAAUCUCUCCUGAAGUGGCAUGGGAGACUAAGUUUUUCUCAAAAGAUCAAGUCUAAGGCCGCACAGAUCGGAGUGAAGACGUAUGAGCUGUGCGAAUCUUCUAGUGGCUAUCUCUGGAGGUUUUUUGUAUACGCUGGAAAAGACAAGCCAACAUUAUUUACUAGUGACGGCAUCGACGGACGGGAUACAGAAAAAGAACAGAAAAAUGAGAGACCAUUCGCGUUGGAAAGUCUUCACAGAUUUGACGAAGACGAGACAAACGACAGUCCUAACAAUGAUGUAACUAUUGUUGCAUCGCCUGACAAGAUUACGACUGAUGAAAUCGGAGAAAAGAGUACCAUCGUAGAACAGGCGAAAGCUUUGGCAGAGGAGUGUUCCCUGAUCGGUCUCAAAAUUAAUAUAGUAUAUAUAGAUAAAGAGACGAGAGUCCAGAAAGUCAAAUACCUUGGCUGCAUAAUAAAGGACACCAAUAGCAGGGAGGAGGAGAUUGAAUUUCGCAUCCAGGGCGCUAGUGUUAGUGUC